AAACGCUAUUAUCAUUUCGCAAAGAAAAUAUUGUGGUAGCUGAAAGUUUGUAGAAUGACGAAUAAAUGCAGAACUUGUGCGGUAAUGAUUUUAAAUCCGAACGCCAAGAAUCUCUUUGACCAAGAUGACAAUGAGAUACUUAAUGACAUUGAAACUCUUACUGGAAUACGGUUAAAGGAUGACCAGCAUAUGCCAAGGCAUAUUUGUACCUGUUGUCACUUGGACCUAUACCAUUCAAUAGCUUUUCGAGAGAGAUGCUUGAAAACGGAACAUUUUUUACAAGCUGCAAAACCAAAGCCAAAGAUGGGAGACCCGCUAAAUACAACACACACAGAACCAGAAUCUAGCAAUGAAAUACCUAAAAAAUUACAGAAUGCAACAACAGCUCAAUUAGAGAAUCUCAUUCUAAAUACGCCAGAUACAGAGAACUUAAGUAAACCAUACCAGGAAAUCCGUAUUUUACGCAAUUGCAAACAAAAAACUAAUACACCAAAGCCAGACAAAACAAGACAAAAAACAUGUUCUAAUGACAAUUCACCUACAAAUAUGCAUACUACGACUAUUCAGUCUGACAUGAAGGAUACGGAUGACAAUGAAAGUUCAGACACUACAGCGCUAGGCAGUCCAAGCAAAUGUGCAAAGAAUCCUAGUAAUUCAAUGAGCGAUAUAAAUGAAUUUAGUGACUUUGAGGAAACAGAAUUGUUUCAAGAAGUAGCGCUUGAUAAAGUGGCUUCGUCGCCUAGUUCACCUGUUGUAUCUUCUGCCCUUCCAUCUCAGCCAGCACAGGAUAAGGAUAGUAUGGUGGGCAAAAGACAGUAUAGGAAGAGUAAAGUCAAUAACGUAAAACCACCGGCAAAUCCAAAAGUUUUUAUCUGUGACCUAUGCGGCCAUCAAUCUUCGAGUCCCAAAAACUUGGAUAUUCACAUACUGCGUCACAAGGGCGAAAAAAACUUUGAAUGUGCCGAAUGUGGCAUUAAGCACUACUCGAAAUAUCUACUACAAUUACAUAUUCGGGUUAAACACCAAGGCGAGAUGCCAUAUCUCUGUAAAUUUUGCGAUCAGCGUUUCUAUUCCGCCAGCACGCGUCAACGCCACGAACAAGUACGGCAUAUAAGAAGUUGGUCAUAUGAGUGCAAAAUAUGUGGAAAAAAAUAUAAUACUAAAUCAUGUUUAAAUAAACACGAAUUUCUGCACACUGGAUUGAGACCAUAUCGUUGCGACUUGUGCAAUGUGGCGUUUCCCCGAAAGCCAGGCUUAAGAAUACAUUGUCGUACAAAGCAGCAUCAGAAGAGAGCUAGCGAAGCGCUGAAUGGUCAAAUUAACGACAUUAAAGAAGUAGCAAUUUCAGAUAAUACGAUAGUGUUUCCGGACUCAAUAAUAGUUGCACUUGAUGUAUAAUAGAGUUUAUUAUCGUGUAGAGCAUAAACACAUUAAAUAAUUGCGCCACAUUUUCGACAUUCACAUCAUACCGUAAUUAUCAGCUGUUUUAUGUCAUUCACACUUUGAUUUUGGUAGUGAAAUGAAUAAACCCAUUGCCUUAUCUUG